GGGUCAAGCCACCCCUAUAAAAAGCUAGCCCUCUAUGUCUCAUUACUGAUAGUGUUGCAACUCGUGAAUUUCCUAGCACAGACAACGUGUAAAAAUACUAAUUUUUCUCGGUAUUUCGUGAACGAUGAAGUCUACGAGGAUCAGGAAUGCCCCGAGAAAAGAAGAAAGAUCAAGACCUCCUGAUACAGUUGAGGGAGGGGAGAAUGCCCCUAAGAGGCUGCCACCAAACCUGCAAUGCUGGACACCAUCGUCUGGAGCAGCCCUCAAGCUACUCAUGGCUGCUAGAUUCUGUGCGGCUCUACUCAGUAACAUCUCAGACUGUGAUGAGACGUACAACUACUGGGAACCAACCCACUUUCUGAUAUAUGGGCGUGGUUUCCAGACAUGGGAGUACUCUCCAUUGUAUGCAAUACGAUCCUAUGCGUACCUAUUCCUCCAUGUACUUCCAGGGAAGCUCUACUCUUGGAUCCUUGACUCAAAUAAGAUCCUUGUCUUCUAUUUUAUAAGAUGUCUUCUUGGCAUGAUAUGUGCUCUCUCUGAAUUCUAUUUUUAUAGGGGUGUGUGCAAAAACUUUGGUGGCAGCGUUGGAAGAUUGACGUUGGCUUUCAUGAUUCUCAGCUCAGGAAUGUUCAUCUCAAGCGCAGCAUUCUUACCGAGCAGUUUUUCCAUGUACAUGACAAUGGUAUCAAUGGGAGGAUGGUAUACAAACAAUAUACCUGUUGCCGUUCUUGCAACAGCUAUGAGUGCAUUCAUCAGUUGGCCAUUUGCAGUUGCCAUUGGAAUACCUAUAGCAGCUGAUAUACUCCUAAGGAGACAAGAUAUAGUAUACUUCUUUCAGUGGUGUGUGAUAGCUGUUGUUGCCAUUUUGAUACCACAGAUCAUAAUUGACACAUUCAUAUAUGGAAAAUUGGUCAUUGCACCACUCAAUAUUGUUACAUACAAUGUUUUUAGUCAACAUGGUCCAGAUAUAUAUGGUGUGGAACCUUGGUCAUUUUAUUUUCUGAAUGGAUUCCUGAAUUUCAAUGUCAUCUUUCCUCUUGCUCUCAUAGCUCUUCCACUUGCUAUGUUUGUGAAUUGGAUAUCCAACAGUAGUGUUGUAGGGAACAAGAAAGCCAUUCCUAUUUAUCUAACACUAGCAUCCUUCUAUAUAUGGUGUAUUAUAUUCUUCACUAGACCACACAAGGAGGAGCGUUUUCUCUUUCCUGUAUACCCUCUAAUUUGCCUCGGAGGGGGUGUGGCAAUAUCGGCUUUACAGAAAUUAUAUCAUUGGCUCUUUACGUUUAAAAUACCUCAACAUUAUACCUACUCUUCCAAUCAUCUAGCCAUCGCAUUCACUUUUUUCUUUGGUACGUUAUCUUUAAUGAGGUCAGGACUGCUCUUUUAUGCCUACCAUGCACCUCUAGAUCUCUAUCCUGAGUUGAAAUCUAUCGCUAGCAAUCCCAAUAUCCACACCCUACCACCGGAUAAAUCAGUCAAUGUUUGUGUCGGGAAGGAGUGGUAUCGAUUUCCAAGUAGCUUCUUUCUACCAGACAAUUGGAGGUUACAGUUCAUUGAAUCAGAGUUCAGAGGUCAGCUCCCAAAGCCAUAUGAUGAAUCUGACCCUGAGGCAACAUCUAUCAUACCAUCUCAUAUGAAUGAUAUGAAUAGAGAGGAAACCUCAAGAUAUGUUGAUAUAUCAAAAUGUCAUUACCUGGUUGAUCUUGACAUGCCAAAUGAGACUCCUAGAGAACCUAGAUACGCCAAUAGGACAGAAGAGUGGCAGAUUGUAGCAUCCCACGCAUUCAUGGAUGCAUCUAUAUCUUACAAAUGGUGUCGGUCGUUCUACGUUCCUCUCUGUACCCGACGUUACACAUACUUCAGACAUUACAAUAUUCUCAAGACAAAGAGAAGAAAAACUGCUCCAAAACAAGGCAAGAAAAGGAAACAACCCCCAACAAAAUCAAAGAAGAGCACCGACGAUGAUGAACUUUGACCUUUGAACUGAAAUCUGAAAUUCAUUUCUUUUGAAAGUUUGUUUUUAAUAAUGUGAAGCAGAAAGUGGUAGCCUUGAUCAUAUGUUGUAAUAAUGGCAUUGACUUGUGUUUUCAUUUAAAGUGUAUGACGUUUUGUAAUUAUCUCUGUGCUUCCAAAGAUUUGAAUGAUCCGUUAAAAGAUACCACCCGGUCUUACAAGCAAUCGUCUAAAACUUACAAGAAGCAAGAACUUUAUAAGAACUUAAAACAUUCAUUUUGGGACAGAUAUGAGGACUGAUCAAGUGAUCAUUGCUUAAUGAAAAAGAUUAUAUUGAAAAAGACAAAAUUCUUUAUUAAUUGUCAUGCCAUUCUGAACCUAAGGAAAUUGUCAUUCAAAUAUCUUGUCGGGCAUAUAAUGUUGCAGUUUGACUGUUUCUUAUGUGAAAACCUAUGAAAGCAGAUAUGCUUUAUGAUUUUAAAUCAAUAUGAAGUGUCUACAAAUGUAUUUUAUGUCUUCAAAAUGAAGUUGUUAUGAAGCAAUAUCUAUUUUUUUAAACAAUGAUGUUGAAAUAUAAAGAGAUAAAGAUGAGAAAUAAAUGUAUACAAUGAUUGAUAAAGGUUUUAAUAUCAUUAGGAAAGAAAACAUUUCUGCAUGCAGAACUGAUGUAGAUUGGCUGUGAUAAAAUGGAAAUAUGCAUAAAAUUGAUAUCUUUUACAUAAUAUGUAUGAAUACAUGUACCUGUACACUCAAAGCUUCAAUUUUGUACAGCGAAGAGCAUCAUCACAUCUUACCACUUUCAUGAUAAAACCUGUAUGUUUCAAUUAUAAAUGUAAUUUGAGAACCUCUUUCUAUGAAAGAACGGCUCUAUUUUAUUCUUCACUAUUACUAUCUCAAAUGGAGGAAAACAGUUUCUUACAAUACAGAUGGGUUUUUUUCAACCUUUUAUUUGAAGAUGCCACAAUGGCACAAUAUUUUUGCAGGGUGUACUGAUAUUAUGAAGGAACAUUUAAUGUGAAUGUAUAGAUUCUUAAAGAGUCGUGUUAUUCUGCAAUGCAAACAAUGUUAUGGUUUAGAUUGUUCAACUCAUGUGUAAUAUCAAGGAAGGAACAGGCAUUGUUUGUAUAGAUUAUUCACACAUCUCAAAUAUUUCUUUUAAAAAACCCUAACUAAUGAACAUGUGUACAUGAAAGUUAAGAAUUGGGGUUGUUAAAGUUAGGGUUAGUUAGGCCUUUCAGUGGGUAACAUUUCACAUAUCUUUUUCAAUGUGCUUUGCUAACAUAGCAAUAGAUUCCUUGUUGUAACCCACUGAAAAGAAGUUUGCCAAACUCUUAUGAUAAAGGGCUCUCAGUCUGAUUUCACCCAACCUUGGGGUCAAUUUGUCGUAAACCGCCAUCUAAACCAGCGAUAUGUGAUCGCCAUUAGAAAUUAGUUUAUAAUUGGGGAUACCAGGGUUACCUAGGAGACAAACCGUUUUUGUUUAGUUAUUGGAGAAAUUUUCAAAUUUAUGACCUGGGGCCCAUAAUACAAAGUUGAGCAAUCGUCUUUAGAAGAAUGCCUUUACUGUUGAUCGCUUCGACCACAAUGUACAAUCGUAAAAAUCAAGAAUGUGAACAAUUUAUUGCUGUCAUGUACAUGAGCAAUUUUUGUUAGCACAAGAGGGCGCUUUGCAUAAUAAAAGGAGAUCCAAGGUAAUCUUAUGAU